UAUUAACGAAAAUUAAAUGGCAUCGUAUGUUCCUAUUAAAAAUGAGCAUAUUUCGAAAGAUAUGACAUCACCGUUAACUAUUUCGAAUUUGAGCCGUCCAAAAUCAACAGAUUUUUAGCUGAUCACUUUUUUUUCUUCUCUUUUCUUUCAUAUUGAUUUCUUCAUCCUUUUCGGCCUUUUAGGUUGGAGAAGGUAUUUUUCUAUAGUUUGUUCGGUUUUAGUUCCUUUCAAAGUCCCCUUUUUAGAUGUUCUGGGAUUGAGAUCCGUUGUUUCAACCUUUUUGUUUAUGGUUUUUCGUCAACUUGGUACUAUAAGAAACAUGAUCUACCAACUUUUGGGUCGUUUCUUUGGUUCGAUCUUAUGUUCCUCACUCUCGUUCUCUUUCAUCAGUAUCUGGUGUUGAGCGAUUUUGCUCUUGUUGAUCCAUCUCAUGGAAGUUGUGCUAUGUUUUCUUAUGGAGAAUGUUUAUCAGCUUUGUUUGGAUCAUCUGAGCAUAGUCUCUUUGGAUGUUCUCUAGGUUUGAUGAUUUGCGUCUCCUCUUAUGGGGAAGAAGUCGCUUCAGACAGAAGAAAGACCACAGUUCUUGUUGUUCCAUUUCCCCCAAAGAAUGGAUCGAUGAGUGUGGUUCUUGAUACCCUGAUCUCGCCUAGUACCAUUUUGAUUGGCAUGUUUGACCUUCCUUUUUCAGCAACUGGAGUCAAGUUUCCUUUAGAGCCAGUUGCGUUAAGUAGAGUUGGCCUUGGCUUUGGAUAUUGUAUAUCUUAUUUGGAUGUUACUUACAGUGCAAUAUGUUUCAGCCAUUAGACGAGUAUACGUUCUGCCUUCCAUAUUUUUCAUCUUGGACGACCGUCGUUUUGCCGUUGUUCCUGAUGUUUCCUAGGAUUCCCAUGUCAGGACUUUGAGAAAGAUGAAGAGCUACCUCUUUAUCCUGAAGCUCCUCACUUUCGAAGUUUCAGGUUUCGGGUCUCUUUUCUCUCUGCUUUAGAUCGUGGAUCUUUCCUUUGGUUGUUUCUUUAGCUAGUCGCGUCGUGUAUUCAACCGUUUUCGGUAUUUUCUCAUAGUAUCUGAAGUCAGACCUUCGUAUUUUAUGUGGACCCUUUUGGUUGUUUACUCAUCCCAUUUCUUAUAGCUAUACUUGUUAAUAAUUAUUAUGAACUUAAUCAAUGAUAAUUUACUAUGUUUCGUCCA